GCAUUUCAGCAAUCCUAUCUUUUUAUAAAGAGCGAGGCAAAGCAACACUUUGAGGACUCAGCCUUCAGAAUCUCAGCACAGCAGAGAGCACAAGCAAAAGCAAAAGCAAAAAUCCCCUUUCAAAUUUCAGCAACUAUGGCAAUGGCUUUCAAGAUGGCCACAACUGGGAUGUGGGUGACCGAUGAAUGCAAGAACUCAUUCAUGGAGAUGAAAUGGAAGAAGGUUCACAGAUACAUUGUUUUCAAGAUCGAUGAGGAAUCGAGGCUGGUGACCGUUGAUAAAGUUGGUGGGCCAGGGGAAAACUAUGAUGAUCUGGCAGCCUCCUUGCCCAAAGAUGAUUGCAGAUAUGCAGUCUUUGAUUUUGAUUUUGUCACUGUUGAUAACUGCAGGAAGAGCAAACUCUUCUUCAUUGCUUGGUCACCAAGUGAAUCAAGGAUUAGGGCCAAAAUACUAUAUGCAACCUCCAAAGCUGGGCUGAGGAGAGUUUUAGAUGGCAUCAGCUAUGAACUUCAGGCGACCGAUCCGACCGAGAUGGGGAUGGAUGUGAUCAAGGACAGGGCUAAAUAAUUGUGAUUAGAGCAACUUAAUCAUGUUCUGGAAUCCUACUUUAAAUUAAUAACUCCAGCCACAUGGGGUUUUUAGACCUGUUAAACGGGUCAUGUUUAUUGUUUUCGUAUCACACAUGUUAUGUUAAUGGAUCGUGUCAUGUCAAAUCUGUUAUCUUAACGGAUUCUUAACAGGUGACCCGAUAACGAUCUAACUCAUUAACAGGUCAAAUCAUUUCGUGUCGAGUUAAUAGGCCAUGUCUAGACCUUGCAAAUAGGUCAUGUUCGUAUCGUGUUUGUGUCAUAUUUGUUGAUAAUGGGUGACCUAGUAAUGAUCCAACUUGUUAACG